GCCGAGGAUUGUGUCGUCUAUAGUUGUUGUGAGUGCCAGCUGAGAGAGAGAGAAAGAGCUUCGUUGACAAACUAUGCCAGUGCCAAAGUGACGCCUUGCAAAAGAAUUACUUGGUUCAGACAUGAAGAAAUGACCAAUAGAAGCUUGCUGGUUCUUCUCUAUUUUGUUCAAGGUCUUUUUGGUGUUUUGAACCAAGAACUGCCCGAGGAAAAUGUUUUCUACGUGGAUGAACAUACCAACGCAACUUUUGAUUGCACUGGACAUAAUGAUAUGAUGAAGGGGGUCGAGUGGAGAUACAGCGAGUACAAGAAAAAUAGUAUAGUGCUGGAAAAUGGCUCCUUGUUUUUUACCAAUAUUGUGAAGGAGAAUAGUGGACUUUAUGACUGUAUCUUCGAAGAAAAUGGAACAUCGCUACAUAAGAUUAAAAUAGUUGUUGUAGGGGUUCCCCAGCCUCCCCAGAACGUUUCUGUUCAUGCCACCCAAGUGAUAGCAAUAGUAAAAUGGCACGUUCACCUGGACGAAGACUGGGAGAACUCACCUCAGGGUCCCAAAACCACGGUCCAUCUCCACUAUCGGCCAGUGUCCUCGCAGCACUGGUUGCACGUUCCUCAUCACCUUAUGCCACAGGGUCAAACCACUAUCUACAGAUUGAUACCCAACACCACAUAUGCGAUUGAACUUUGGUCCAGCAAUAGAUAUGGCAAAAGUGAUAUUGUUCCAUUCUAUUUUGCCACAAUGCCAGAUGUGGAUGAAAAUGAACAAGAAAGCAUGUUGCUGCUAGAUGUGGAGGAGUUCAGCCCAGUGGUGUGGAUCAUAGCAGUGCUGGUGAUAGUGAUUGUGAUCCAUGUUCUCGUAGGCUUCCUACUCUUUGCCUACUGGCGUCAGCGGCGUAUCGGAAAGUCAGAUGGGGAUGACUGCGAAGUAAUCGAGCUGGUGCCACAUAUCAUAGAGAAUCCAGCCUACCAGUUCUCACGGCAUUUUGAUCCCAUGCAAGAAAGUUUUCUCUCACCCUCUGUGAGCUCCCAUAGUGCUGUAGCACUGGUGUAGAGAAGAAUAUCUCAGAGGAACUACUGUAUGUAAAUGUUUUCCAGAUAUUCAUCAUUUGGAAUAAGGUGAAGAUUUUGUCUUGUAGAUGUGUUUCCUGAUUCAGGGAGAAAGUUAUGGAAGUUCUUUUGCACAGCUGUCCCCGUGAUAGGGCUUCCAAACAAUGCAGUUUUGAAUCUAAAACAUUGCACUCAGCAGCCAAAAACACAAAUAACCUGUAAAUGAUACACUAAGAGACAAAGGUUUGUGUGUUUCAUAAAGGAUUCAUAAAAGCAAUUCAUCUGUGUGAUGGAUAAUGUAAUUUAUGCCGUUAUUAGAUGCCAAAUUACUAAAGUAGAGAAUGCUAAAUCACAAAGCUUGUAUCCCAUUUAAGGUAUGCCCCAUUGUAGAGCAUAAACACAAUUUUGGAAUAUUUGUGAAUGCUGCUAAUGUAUGUAAAUGUAAGAUUUAUGCUUGUUUGGUCAUGGGAGUAGUUACAUGAGAAGAAAAGUAUGUCUUUACUUUAUAUUACAGUAUGAGUUUUAUAUGGUAAAAUUUUGUAUAUUUUCAUAAGGAUCAUGUAGUGUUAAGUUCCCAUCAUGUCAGCUGGAAUCUCAAAUCACCAGAGCUGUGUUUUCCCCAGGUCAUUGGAGCUGUGUCAGUCCAGGUCAAUAGAACUGCUUCAGCCUGGGUCACAAGCUGUGUCAGUUUAGAUUACUAGAGCUCCAUUAUCCCAUGUCACAGGAGCUACCUAGUCCAAAUGCACAGUUGUUUUCUGACCUAGGUCACUGCAGUUCAAUAUCUUAGAAUGGUAGGUUUCUUGCAAUGCCUAGUGUUUAUACACUAGCUUACCCCCAGUUCUCAUGCACAUGUGAAGGAAAUUACAUUGUGGGUCUUUGUAUGUCAUUGUUCUGGGACAAAUCUACUUAGGUGGAGGAAGGCAAAAGGAUGUUUUCCCCUGGCCUAAAAAGUUGAAGUGAUGUGAUGAGAACCUUGUUGAUAACUUAGUGAGCCUUUUUUAUAUUAUUGCCAAAGGUGUUCAUUUAUAAAUAAUACAGAAACAGGGAACUGUAAAAGACCUUCAUUUAUGAAUAUAAGUGCUGUAUUUCCAUUCAGAACUAGUUAUAGUGAAAAGUAAUAUUAACAGCUUCAAUUCAUUAGUCUUAUAUUCUUAAAAUACUUGAAAAGAGUUUGUAGAAUCUCCAUGAUUAUCAGUUGAAAACUGAUAUCUAAGUGAUAAAGUGCAUUUCCAUUGAAAAUAGCAAAUAUUUUCAAGAAUGUUGACAGCUGUUUUAUGCAUAUUGCAUAACAAUAAUUUACAUUCAACAUUUUACUGAUUUCUGAUUAGCUUGCAUUUGACCAGAAUUGCAGUGUUAAAUAAAGUAUACUUAAGCAUCAUGAGGAAUUCCUGAACAGAAAAAAAAUUGUUCAUGAUUUAAUAGCAGAGUACUUUACAUGACAUUUUUAGUAAACGCUAUGCAUGACAAAAGGUUAUCUAAUUAGUUAUAUUGAUUUUCUUAUUUCGUGGAAGCAUUCCAAUGGUUACAUAUAUUUUUCUCUCACUGAAAAAAAUGCCUGGUUGAUUUGUGUUUCAAGUCAUCUUUACUUUCUCCAAUUCCAGAUAUUAUAACUUCUGCCACUUUUUGGCAUAUAUAUAUUUAUUUUGUAGAAUAGUGUGUAAGUUGAAUUUUGUGUGCAAGAAUACCUCUUGUGAGUAUCUGGCUUUUAGGCCUAAACUGAAUGACAUAGAAAAAAAUGAUAGUAAGAUACUUUUUAACUAGGAAAGCCAGAGAUGUCGGCCAAAUGCAGCUAAGUGCUGCAUAGCAUCGACAUUACAUUCUUCUCCGGGUAUUUAAGCAGAUUGGAUAUUGUGUGAAUACCAUACUAUAUAUCUGUUGGAAUGCUGUAGUGUCUGCACUGAAGGAAGAAAAUGCAACAACACUAGAAACAUGAGACACAGGAGACAGGAUGUUGGAUGCCGUGGAUGUAUGUGCAGUUAUAUGUUGCCUAAGCAGAUGUAAUGCACUGUAAUCCAGUUCAUUUGGGGUUAGUGCUACUGCAUUCUGUUUUGAAUUCUCUGAUUGAUAUACAGUUCUGUUUCAUAUCUAAAGUAAUUUCAGACAGUUUAACUUAAAUAUGUUAAUAGAAAGAAAGAGGUAUUUCUGUGCAUAAAUUAACUUAGCCACUAAAUCAGACCCAUAAACAGGGAGAUUCUUUUUCUUAAAUGCAUUUACUCUGGCAUCAAAAGUUUUAGAUGCAUAUAUGCAUUUUCAUAUAUAUUCCUAGGUGAUUUAGUGAAGGGAAACAAGGCUGUAAAGUUAUUUAUGUGCAAUAUAGGGUUAAAGACUUCUUUUGUAAUUUUUUAUUUAUUUAUUAUUAUUCUCCCGUAGCAUUUUCUAGACAUUGAGUUUCAUCUCAUAUUUUGUUUUCAAUAACUUGAUCAUAAUGUGUCUGGGAAUAUCCCAUGAAGGUAAUUGUUGUUUUAUGCUAAGCUUUCAUGCAUUCAUUAUGAUUUUUCUUAAGGUGAUUUCUACUUCUUUUUUAUAUAAUUUUUUCUCUUUCUUGAGUGAAAAUUUCAUUAUAUAUGAAUAAUAUUGUUAAGCUAUUUAUUCAUACAAUGCAAGGCAUCUUUUUUUUGUGGUAUUUGUAGGUCAUAUUCAGCUGUCCAAGUAUUUAAAUGCAGUCAGUUUCUCUGCUGUCAGAAAGGAGAUAGUGGACUCAGAUAUACUAACCAUUCGUAUUUCAUAUGGAAAAAUAAUGAGUUUGAAAUCUUUUGUUGUCCCAUUGGUUCAGUAACCUAAUUUUAUGAUAAACAUUUUAAAAGUACAUUCCUUAUAUCUUAAAGUAGUAGUCAAGAUAAUGGUUUUAGUAAAUUGAAAGUUGUUGAAUUCUUUUACUGGUAUUUACUGGUAAAGGUUAGUGCUUUUUAAAUGCCUGCCUGGGUUUAUGCAGUUGUAACAUACAAAGCCUAGAUCCUUACAGCCAUCAAGAGCCUAUGACCAUGGGAAUGAGAUGCUACUUGGGCCAGCACUAAUUCACAUGUUAUUUGAAGGGACUUAGAAGUGGUAUUUUUGAUAAUGAAAUAAGAUUUAUAUCACUUAUUCCAAAACCGUAAACUGAGGUAGAGGUGUGUGGGGUGGGGGGCAUGCAUCUUAUGUCAUAGGUACUUUAGAUGAGACAAACAAACUAAAAAGUCAGAAUGAUGAAUGGGAGAGAAACAAAUUAACAGGAAUAGGUAUCAAACAUCUUGAAGUGUAUAUCCCAUUAGCAUACUAACACAAGAAUAUGGUGCAUAUUAUGAUAUCAGGCUGAUGCAUAUUCAAAAUGUGAUUAAAAGAUGUGUACAACAUAUGCAUAGGAUGCAAGUAAAAGAAUUCAACAAUGAGAAGAGGCUGAAUGACAUUUUGGUAGACUUUGAUGCUAAUUUAUAGUCUAUGAAUAAUUCUGCUUCUCAGAUGAUAUUUGGCUGUGCUAAUCUUCAAGAGUGUAGCUAGAUUUCCUAGAGGGGAGUCAUUAACCCUCUCGUGCAACUGAUGCAAAAAUUAGAUUUUCAUCCAUAUAGCGCCAUUAUUUUGAUUAGUAAUAGAUAUUAAUUUGACGUAAGCUGCAGGUUAGCCAUUAUUUGUGAGAUUGUGUAUGUAAGUGGCUCCCAACCUUUGACAAAAGGAUCCCACUAGGGUUUAGGCAAAAACCAUGCAGAAAUUUACUUGAAACUUGCCAUGUGCGAGAGGGUUAAAGUAUGUUGAUUUAGGAGAGAAAGGCUCAGUUUUGGAUAUAUUUUUAUGUGUCUGUUUCUUCUCUUGAGACGUACAAAGUCUGUCAUAUAUCAGAGCAGUUCACUGAUAGCAUAGAAGGACGGAAGGUAUUAAAGAGAUGAAACUGCAGUGUUGAGCAAGAGGAACUAUGGAAAUACCUUUUAUUUUUCCCUGUGAUUGUCAAAGAGCCUUGAUUGUUAUAUUUGGUCGUGUCGUAUGCAUCCUCAGCAUUAAGAAGUCAUUGCUUGAGUAUGGUAUAAGCUGAACCUUUUUUAACUAAAGGGCAAAUUUGUAAAGCUUCCAUCCUUCGGGAGAAUGUCUCAUGUUGGUCUUCCAGAUUACUGAGGAAUAUUUAGGCAACUGAAUUUUGUGUCUUGAACAAAUCACUUAUAAAAGAAGUAAGAACAUUUAGAAAUGAAACAUCUUGGAAUAUAUAUAUACUCCAGUAGAUGGUUGAAAAGUUUUUCGGCCAGUUGGUUAAAAUUGUGCAAGGCCAGACCCAAUCAUUAUUCACACAUACGGGCAUACAUAUACACAGAAAUAAAUGCAUAUCCGUCUAUCUGUCUGAUAGAUAUACAUAUAUUUAGCUAUCUGCCUAGACUGAUAAAUGUGCAUUUUUUUUUCUUCUUUUUUUAUGUAUGUCCGAAAAAGAAAAUUUAUUGGUUCGGGCCUCACACAACUUUAACAAACCAGCCAAAUGUCCUUAGUCAUCAAGUAUUUGAGCUUUUUAUUUAUCUUAUCCAGAUUUUAUAUGAAAUAGAGCAAAGGUAUGAUCUAGUCUUUUGUAAAAGAUUUUGUUAACAGGAAUUAAAAUAACAUUUAUACUUAUAUAAAAUUUUUAGGAUGAUGCCAUCACCAAAUUUCAGCUAACAGUUAGUGACAAAUUGUCUAAAGAAGUUUACAAAUUUGACUUUUAGAAUAAAUUGGAGCAGGAACAGUAAGAUUCGUUGUGGGAACAGUUGUAGUAUUGCCAAGUGCCACUCUGAUGUUGUACCAAGCUAGUCAUAUGCCUUGCUUUGCAAUUGCUUUAAGUGUACAGUAUAAUAAUUAGGUCAUAAGGUAAAGGGAAUGUAAUCAAUUGUAAAGACAGAGACAGGAAAAAUGUGUAAACUAACGUGAAUUUUCUUUUUUUAAUAUAACUUUGAUGAUAUUGAAAUAAUAUCACCAUGCAAAGAGUCUCAGAAGAUUUGCACAUUUUCACUGUCUCUUGACUUAAAGAACGUUUACAUUCAGUGAGUGAACACUUCCAGGUGGGAAGGUCUCAAAUGCAUUUCAUGUCUGUCAUGUAAUUUUAAGAAUGGUCAAGUCUCCCAGUUGUUAUACUAAUGCCCAGGGCAGGAAGAGUUCAUGAAUAAGCACAUGCCAAAUCUUAUGAUGUCGGUUUGCCUAAUAUCAAUGACUCACAUCAGCUGUAUAGUUUAAGGCCUCAGGUUAAAGUUUUGUUGGCUAGGAAUGGCCAGGUUUUUGCUCUAGGUUACUGGUAGCGAGGAGUGUAGCCUGAAGAGACUGUUCCUCAGAAAUGAUGGUUGAACAUACUACCGUUUGUUCAGUCAUCUCAAUUGUGUCUUCAAUGAAAUGCCAAUAUGUAAAUGGUCUUAUCUAGUUGUUUGUGGUAUCAUGAUAUUCAUAGUUUGAUAUACACUGGUUUUGGAACAUAACUUGAAUACAUACAUGGGGACUUGAACCAAGCAUGUAUUUUCCCUUUAAGUACAUGCCUUGUGUAUGCACAAUCUUAUCUAAUAUGUAUUCUCAAAUAUUAUUAUAUAAGUUAUUUUAAGCCUUAUGUAAGUUAAGGUAAGAAGCAUCUCCUUCCUAGGGGCUAUGGGGAGUUAUCUUGAGCUUAAGUUCACUUAUUGUGAUUUUCUUCAAAGCAGUCGGGAAGUUUUUGCUCCCAUUCAAAAUUUUCCAAUUGAAUUUCGUAAUGUGCUUUAUGCUUUAGAUGACCAUUUAUUUUGCUGUGGUUUAAUGUUACGUGAGAUGUAAGGAAUCUCAUGGGUUAGUCAGAUCUUUGUACAUAUGAAUUAUGUUAUUGUUGUUGAUUUGUGGUGGUAGCAUUAUUGUUAUUGUUAGGUUUUAGGAUUUUUUUUAUCAAUAUUGUAAUAGUAGUUUCACUUUUUUCUAUUAAUAUUUUUUGUUAUCAUUAUCAUUAUCAUUGACAUUAUCAUUGUUUUUAUUCCUCUCUAUUGGUAAUAUUAUUAUAAUUACUGUUAUUAUGAAUUUUAUCAACUUUUGAAGUUUUCAUUACCAGCCAUUAUAGUCAACAUCAUUAUUGUCAUUUUCAUUUCAUUUUUAUUAUAGUUUUAUCAUUAUCAGUCAUCAUCAUUAUCACCAUCAAUAAUCAUUAUCAUUAUUUUUUAUUUUAUUAUUAUUGAUUUGACUUAUCAUUCCUAGUAAUGUCAAAUUAUGUUUCUCCAUGGAGGCAGUGCUGAUAUUACAUAGUUGUUGCUUUAAGUAUUAUUUCAUUGUCUGUGCAUCUGUAUUUUAUUUGAUACUGCAUUCAGUAUUGUUGCUUUUACACUUUUUGCUACUAUGUGCAGUAAAACCAGGUUAUAGUACUUUCCACAAUACAGGUUGUCCAAGCUCUGGUUCUCAAUCUCGAUUGUAUUUACAGAAUGAUAAAA